AUGGUGGAAGCAACAGUUUCACACCAGGACAAAUGUCACUACGUUAAGUCAAUCUCUGUUAAUGCGUUGGAAGGAAAAGACUGCAAGGAAUCUAUCAAGCUGAUUGCAGAAAGCUCUAAUCUCUCGGAAGAACAACUUGCUUUCCUCAUUUCUGGCAUGUAUACCCUUCUCCGAGAGGCAUUGAGACUCCCCUUAUCAACUUUCAAACAAGAAGUUUUUAAGGAAGACCUAAAGGAGCUCAGGAUACCAGAAGACUUCAUUGCGGACUUUUCCAGCAUAGUCUUUGGUAACAGGCGUCCUGCUUCUGAAGCGCUUAUACAAAGAAGUAGGCUGCCAAGUGUCCAGGACUUCAAGUGGAGGGUGGACGUAGCUAUAUCCACAAGUUCACUGGCCCGUGCACUUCAACCAUCCAUUCUAAUGAUGCUGAAGCUUUCAGAUGGGACAGCUCAUCGCUUUGAAGUGCCAGUUGCGAAGUUUCAGGAACUGAGAUACAAUGUUGCCCUUAUACUGAAGGAAAUCAAUGAUCUGGAGAAGAAGAGCAUCCUGAAGAUCCAGGACUAAGCACUUUUAAAGCCGGUGUUCAUAGAACAGAUCUGGACACCUCAGCGUGUUUUGCGAAUGGCAAAGCAGGGGACCAUCACCACUUUGCCUGUCUGAGCUGCAAUGUGGCAUUUAUGAUCUCUGCUGUAAAUACUUUUUCUAUUCAAGUGUUAAAAGCACAAGCUCUUUUCGUAAGACUUAGGAAAAACAAAAUAUAUAUCUAUGAAAACGUAUAAUGCUGUUUGCGAGCAUUUUUGCAUGAUUCAUCAAAACAUUUUUUUAAAUAACUGUCUUAAUAGAUGUAAGUGCAAUUUAUUUCUGAUUAUGAUUCAUCACUCUUAAUUAUUUCUGAAAACCUGCUACCGGAAGCCCCAUCAGUGUGUAUCAUAAGAAAGCUCUGCAAUAUCUCAAAUCAAAAAUAAAACAAACC